AUGUUUGCAGAUCUGAACGUCCCGGUGCCCACGCUCACGAAGCAGCAGCUCACACAAGCGGCAUCGAAAAAAGGCAAGGGCAAGCAGGAGCAGACUGGUCCACCGCCUGCAUUCAGCCCCGCCCAGAUCACGGCCAUAGAGAGUCGACUGGACCUCCUCGUACAUUUAGGAUACACUAUCGUAGCCUUCAACCAGACCGUCGAACGCAAGGUCGACCCCAAAACUCAUGUUAACACGCUCGACCCGCUAUUAGCGCAAUUGCGCAAGAGGCAAGGGGUGGUAUACCUGAAGAGGUUGACUAUUGUGCUUGAUGAAGACAGCGAGAAGGGGUUCGGCUUGACGAACGGCAAUGCCGCCCUCUUCGCGCCAUACGACCUCCUUGCCCUCGUCCCCACCACCGCGGCCUCCUUCUCGCUUGCCUGCCUCACGCACACCCAACCAACUCCGCUUACCACGCACAUUAUCGCCCUUCCGCUUACCCUACCCCGCUUGCCGUUCAACCUCAAGCACACCCUCAUCCGCGCAGCGCUCAAGAACGGCGCCGUGUUCGAGCUCGGGUACGUCGGCGCGCUAGGAGGCGAGGGGGACCCCGCGCUAAACCUCCCGAGUGGAGGUGAGAGCGGUGCAGGGGCGAAGCGGAAUUGGUGGGCGGCUGCACGCGAAGUCGCGAGGGUCACGAAGGGGAAGGGGAUUCUCGUGAGCGGGGGCGUGUGGAAUGAGGCGGACUUGCGCGCGCCGCGCGACGUCGCAAACCUAAUAACGGUCCUGGGCGUUUCGCAGGAUGUGGCGCACGACGCGUCGACAAAAGUCGCACAGUCACUCAUUUUGCGUGCUCAAACACGCAGAACGUACCGUGCGGUGCUCUCGGAACCCAAAGUAGUCAUACCCUCAGUUGCAGUGCCGGGUGACGCGGACGUCGAAAUGAAAGAAGGCGAGACGCAACAACCAGCACCCGCCGACCAGGGGGCAAAUGGCAAAAAGCGGCCUCUAGAGCAGGGAGGGCCGAACGACACGACGCUGUCAGAGCUAUCCGCUCCUGCGACUCAGGAUGGGACAACCCCCGAUGGCGCGUCACGAACGAAGAAGAAAAAGAAGAAGACGGCCGCGAGUUGAUAGUAUAGCGUGUCCCUGUAUCUUCGCUAAUUCCUCAGGUGUACCGUCCCCAGUGUCUUGAUCGUGUGUGCCCGACUUUAGAAUACUGUAUAACAAGGGCGUCCACCCGUAUAUUGCGACA